AUGACGACACAGAAGAAGCCUGGGGGCUAUUGGAGUGAAUCCAACCCGGUUCCUACUAUACAACAAUUUAUUGCUGAAUUAGACGUCGGAAAGGCGGAAAGGGACAAACGAAUUGAUGAAGAGACCAGGAAGAACGAAAACCCCCCACCGAGUUCGGCUGUUCCCCAUCGGAAGCCGGUUCCAACGCAUAAAUCGAAGGGCCGGGUAGUGACAGAUCCAACCACGGGAGCAGAAGUGGAAAUUGAUGAUGUAGGGAAGGAAUUUAUGAAAGCUGUGAAGGCUCCACAGUCACUUCAAACCAAACCAUCACAGCCUCUGGAUGAAUACAAGCAUACUCAGGAUAUCGUAUCGCCACCAGAGCCGAUUGCGACCGGCACUACCAGCGAUGUGCCCAUACACGGCGAGAAAACCAAUAUUUUAUUUCACCCAACGCCCUCAAUCAGCUAUGAGCCUAUGUUCAAAGUGCUAGAGAAGAGUGCUAGCAUUUUAUGCUCUAUUAUCUUUGUUGCUAUUUUAGUCGUUGGACGUUUUGCUGGAGGUGUAUGGCUUUGGACCUUCGACGUUAUCCGGCGAGGGCGAACUUUUGAGUGGCAUUCGGAGAAGGUUCGUGGACAGACGGCAACCGCAAAUCUUCUUCCUGAAUCUGCGGAAUGGAUGAAUUCAUUUGUUGAAGUAUUCUGGGGCUUGAUCAACCCGGAGAUGUUUGCAAGCGUUGCUGACACUAUCGAAGAUGUGAUGCAUGCUUCUUUACCAGGAGUAAUUGAGAACGUCCGAAUUGCUGAGAUAGACCAAGGGUCAAAUCCAUUGCGGAUACUCAGCUUAAGAUCACUGCCAGAUGGGCAAUGUUCAGAUUUGAUUAGCGGUUUGCGUUCUUACAAUCUGGAAAAUAAGGACGAACAGCAGGCUGCUGCCGAAGAGGACGGAAGCCAGCCGUACAACCUCGAAUGCUCAUUUGCCUAUCACGCUAAACCAUCCGGAGAAACGGCGUCCGCGAGAGCGCAAAAUAUGCAUAUGAUGGUUGUUUUCUACCUUGGUGUUAAGGGAUUAUUCGGAGUCCCCUUCCCCAUUUUCGUUGAAUUAUCGGAGGUUGUUGGCACUGUCAGGCUUCGUUUACAGCUUACCCCCGAAGCACCUUUCGCCAAGAGCUUGACGUUUAGCUUAAUGGGUAUGCCACACAUCCGAGCCGGUUGCGCCCCCAUGGUCAAACGAGGUAUCAACGUCUUGAACCUCCCAUUGAUAUCCAACUUCGUAAACUACGCCAUCAAAGCCGCAGUGAGUAUGUAUGUGGCUCCAAAAUCAAUGACACUUGAUCUUGGCAUGAUUCUUGGUGGUGAUGAUAUCCAGAAGGAUACUAGCGCACUGGGUGUUUUCUGGGUGAGAAUCCAUAAAGCCAAUGGAUUGAGCAAACAGGAUAAGAGGGGCAGCAAAGGUGGUGGCAGUGACCCUUACAUCAACCUCUCAUUCUCAAAGUAUGGGAAACCGAUGUACUGUACGAGAGUUAUCUGUGACGAUCUCAACCCGGUGUGGGAAGAGUCCACGGCACUCCUUGUGACUCCUGAGCUUAUCAAGGCUGAUGAGAAGCUCAGUGUCGAGCUAUGGGAUUCAGACAGGAGUACUGCUGAUGAUAUUGUCGGCAAAGUUGAGUUGUCUAUGCAAAACUUGCUUCAACAGCCCGGGAAAAUGUUUCCAAUUACUUCAAAGCUUCAGGGUAUGGAUGCAGGCACUGAAAUGCCAGGGGAGCUUCACUGGGAAGUGGGAUACUUCCGCAAACCACACUUCCGACAUGCACUUCGCACUGAUGGAAAAGAUGAUUCCCUGCCCAAGGAUUUGAAGGACCAUCCCGCCCUUCAGGAUGAGAAAGGAAACGUUCCUCCACCAGUAGAUGAUGCGGAGGCAGUUACAUGCACUCCACCUGACCCUCUUUGGCCAAGCGGUAUAUGCACUGUUGUCAUUCACCAGGUUGUCAACCUGCAAGUCCAGGAUAUCAAGGGAACACUUAAAAACAGAAAGGGUAACGAAUACACGGCAGCAAGGUCAUAUGGAGAGAGUACUGGGGAAGAAGGGAAGCAAUUUCCUACUAGCUACUGCAGUAUUCUCUUGAACGAUGAACCGGUAUUCCGCACUCGAGCCAAAGCUGUCUCCAGUAAGCCGAUAUUCAAUGCUGGAACGGAGAGGUUCAUUCGGGAUUGGAGAUCAGCCAUGGUUACUAUUACCGUUCGAGAUCAGAGGCAUCGAGAGCAUGAUCCUAUCCUAGGUAUUGUGCCUCUCAAACUAUCAGAUAUACUCCAAGCCAGCUCCCAAGUCACCAGAUGGUACCCUUUGGAUGGAGGUAUUGGCUUUGGGCGCAUCCGAAUUUCUCUCUUGUUCCGUAGUGUUGAACUGAAACUUCCACCCAAGUUACUUGGGUACGAUGUCGGUUGCUUCCAUCUCACAUCCAACAAGAUAACGCUGAAAAACUGCACCUCUCGUGGGAAGCUGAAGAUGAGAACUAGCGGAGCUCAAAUUUCAAUCCCGCGUUCCGCAUGGACACCUGAUUCAACAGAGGAGGGAGGCUCUUACGAACUUACAUCAGAAUUAAAGGAUGAGGCUGUAUUGCCAACAAAGCACCGUUAUCGAUCUGCAGUAAUAUUCGAGGUACCGCAUAGUUCAGGCACUGCCAACGCUCUCAUGUGGCUCCAGAAUCUAGUUGACAACGAAGAGACGUCCGUGGACAUACCUAUUUGGGCCGCAAAGAAUUCUGCACGGUUAGUUCAAAACUUCCUUACAGAAGAGAGCUGGGAAGAAGCCAAGACUAGUCCAGGUUUGGAAGACCUUCAGAUGGUUGGACGAAUGCAAUUCAGCUGCCGCUUUGCUCCUGGCUUCCAUCAAUGCCAUGAGAAGCUUGUCAACAAUAACGAUUCUAGAGAGGCCUUUGAGACUUGGGAAGCAAGUGUGGCGGAAGGAGUUCGAGGAGAGAUCCAGUCAGAAGUCCCUCCAACGGUGCAGUUAUUACAUGUGAAGUCUCUUAUCCAGGAACGAGAUAUCCUCCGUCAAGCCAACGCCAAACAUGGAGGGCAAAUGUCCAAUGAUGGUGACCUAUCUUCAAUUGAUGAUAUCAUCCGAAAGUCAACGAAAGAAAACGUCAACUCUCGUGUCAAGGACGAGGAAGCAUCCAAAGGCCAGGACCAAACUCCCGAAGGAUACGAGAACCAGAGUCGGGGUACGCCCUGCCCAACGACUGCGGGAAGUGCAGAUGCAAACCAAACGGUUCCAGCACCCAUGAUGACGGACGGAGAUGGGAUAGCGAAGGACAACAAUCCACAGAUGGUAGGCCACGCGGACGGCCGUGCAAGUGGCCCUGCCGCCGAACCGAUUGAGGGGCGCACAGAAGAAGAAACUGCAGACAGAGGCCUAGCUUCGCAUGGCCAUGAUGAAGAUGACGGAAGUGUAAGUGACUAUGGCGAUGACAACACCGGCGCAGCGCCAGUUGACGGAGUUCUCUCAGAAUCAAGUCACGAAACGACAGAGGAGCGAAGACGACGAAUUGGCAACAAGGAAAACCGACGAAGCGAAUGGCGGAAGCACCGUGGCGUGAUGCAAUGGCGCCCAGCUCGUAAUGUCGUCUUUGUAAAACACGAAGCUACGUUUGCGAUGAAGAAGGUGAAGGACAAGUUUAUGGGCGAUAUGACCGGCCGGGAGCCAGACAUUCGUACCGAAGUUGAAUAA